AUGGCAUCUGGUCCGGAAUCGGGGUCUUCUUCUGUCCAUUCCAUCAACAUCUCAGCCCAGAAUGGGGCCAGUGUCAACACUCCCAUAAUGACUGGUAACACCAUUGGAGCAAUCCAUUAUCAUACAGGUGAUGAUGGGUAGUGUAAAAUCUAUACUUUUAACACAAUGAUUUAGCACAAAAUAAAUAAACUUAGCAUUGCACUCAUAUGAGACAAAAGUUCAAUUAUUGACUAAUAUUGACAUAAAACGUUAUCACACUCAAUCAUACCAAUCAUUCGAGCUUGCUCAUUGGGCAGCUAGAAUGAUUUCUAUUUGACUUAUCAGGAUGGACAGAUGUAACAUUUAUCAUAACAGUGGGUCCUCUUCUCUUGCAGUCCCUUCGCCUGCAGCAUCCCAGCACACUAGCCCCUCAUCAGGCCAUGAUUUCCUGAAGACACACAAGACAGCUCUAGAGACCAGGAUGGGCAACCUUCGUCCCAUCCUUAGCGCUCUCGAGCACCUUGGGGUUCUGAGUGGGGAGGAUAGAGAGGAGGUGGACUUCAAAACCACACCGACCAAGAAGAACGAAGCUCUGCUGACAAUGAUAAUUAAGAAAGGGCAAACUGCGCAGGAACAGUUUUACCAGGCCCUGAAAAAAGCAGACCCUCUCCUGGUGGAAGACCUGGAGGGAUAG